GCGUCUCCUGGCGACGGACCGGUGGCUCCACCCAGCCAAUCCGCGCUCCGCGGCGGGCAGGGCUCCAGCCAAUCGCGACUCGGGGUUCGGCUCCGGGGCGGAGCUGGGUGGGCCGGAGGCCAAACCGAGAGGCCCCGGGGAGGUGAGCGAGGAUCGUACCCAGCACUGUUGGGUCGUAAAGCUGCGGACGUUCCACGACUUGGUCAUUGCGAACCUGGCAGCUGAGGGCAUCAUGGUGGGAGGCUUGAAGAGGAAGCACUCCGAUUUGGAGGAGGAAGAGGAGGAUGAGAAGUGGGCCUGGGGCCCAGCAGGCCUGCGGAGCCACCAGCAAGCCUUGCUUCGAAUCUCCUUAGACAAAGUGCAGCGAAGUCUGGGCCCCCGCUCACCCAGCCUACGCAGGCAUGUCCUUAUCCACAAUACCCUCCAGCAACUCCAGGCUGCCCUCUGCCUCGCUCCAGCGCCCACGCUGCCCCCUGAGCCCCUCUUCCUGGGCGAGGAGGACUUCUCCCUGUCCGCCACCAUCGGCUCUAUUCUCAGGGAACUGGAGACCUCCAUGGACGAGACAGAGCCUGCUCAGAAUCCAGUGGUUCCCCCGGACCCUCAGAACCAAGUACUGCCUCAGCCCGAUCCAGUCUUCUUGGAAGCUCUGAGCUCCCGGUACCUGGGAGACUCUGGUCUGGAUGACUUCUUUCUGGACAUCGACACAUCAGCGGUGGAGAAGGAGCCUGCGCUGGCCCCAGCAGAGCCUCCUCACAACCUCUUCUGUGCCCCAGGGUCCUGGGAGUGGAAUGAACUCGAUCACAUUAUGGAAAUCAUUCUGGGAUCCUAACACUUUGGGGGGGCUCUUUCCUCAUUUCAGCCUGAGUGGGCUGGAUCCCUGGAUGCAACUCUGCGUGUGUGUGUGUGUGUGUGUGUGUGUGUGCGUGCGUGUGCGUGCGCGCGCGUGGGCUCUAAGCAGUGACCGUGGCCUCCUUUCCUCCCAGUUCAGGGUUCCACAAACCGUCUUGCAUGUGUGUGUAUGUCUGGUUACCGCAGCCUUCUGUGAAGGUGGGUCUUCCUGAAUUAAUUUAUCUGUUCCAAAUGCC